GAGUGUAGUAAAAUCCAAGCAUCUACGCGUGUUUAUCACCUACCAAAUCGAUCUAAACAUCUCACGCAAAAUAUACAAUAUAAAUAAAUAAUAAUCACAACAAUAAUAAUAAUAAUAAUUUUAAAUAAAACAAAAUAUAUUAUAUCAAAUUACCGUAGGACGUACAACCUGCGGUUAAUAGUAUGAACGUGUUAUUUGUGUAUUUAAAAUAUAUAAUAAUAAAUGUAAAUGUUAAAAAAAUACAAAACUGUAUAAAUUUGUGAUACUUAAAUUUGAUGGAGUUACUUGGAAUGAGGACGGUGUAAUCACCGGCAAUUAUUUUUGUUUGUACUACGAAAUUUAAUUGCGACAAUUUUUAAUUGUGUGGAGUAAAGUUUUUUGAUUAAAAAUUUUUAAAAGAAGAGAGGGAAGAAGUAAAUAAAUAAAAGACCAAUGAAUAAAUAAUGGGAGUGCCUGCUCGUGGAGUAUUGGCAGCAUUCGUAGCAGCUGCUGCGUUUGCUAUUUACAGUAAUAGUUUAGGUUGCGGUUUUGUAUUUGAUGAUAUUUCAGCAAUUAAAGAUAAUCGUGAUUUAAGACCACACACACCAUUGAGAAAUGUUUUUUAUAAUGAUUUUUGGGGUACACCAAUGUACAAGGAACAAUCGCACAAAUCAUACAGACCAUUCUGCGUUCUUACAUUUCGUUGGAAUUACCUGAUACAUCAAUUAGACCCAAUGGGAUAUCAUUUAUUGAAUGUUAUAUUACACGUUGCUGUUUGUAUACUUUAUUUUAGAACUUGUUUGAUGUUUUUAUCAGACCUAGCGAGUUUUGUAUCGGCGUUAUUAUUUGCUGUGCAUCCUGUACACACAGAAGCAGUUACUGGUGUUGUAGGAAGAGCUGAAACACUGUCUUCCCUUUUUUAUUUAGGUGCCUUUAUUAUGUACACAAAGGCUUGUAAAAGUAAACGUACUACAGCCUGGAGACCAAUGAUGAUGUCAAUGCUUUGUGUAUUUAUUGCAAUGUUGUGUAAAGAACAAGGAAUUACUGCAACAGCAGUAUGUGUUGUAUAUGAGAUAUUUGUUGUUCAAAAAGUUAAAGCAAUAGACAUAUUCUUAACAAUUAAAUCGGCAUUCGGAGGUAAUAAAAUAAAUCCAACGUGGUCUGGUGAGGGAACUAAACGUUUAGCAGCAUUAACACUUGUUACGUUUAGUCUACUUAUAUUAAGAUUAAAUGUUAUGGGUUCACGCUUACCAGUAUUUACAAGAUUUGACAAUCCUGCGUCAGUAGCACCAACUCCAACGCGACAAUUAACGUACAAUUAUUUAGCAGCAGUUAAUUUAAGAUUAUUAUUUUUACCAAGUGAUUUAUGCUGUGAUUGGACAAUGGGUACAAUACCAUUAAUUGAAAGUUUAUUAGAUAUACGUAAUUUAGCGACAUUAGCGGCACAUGGAAUGAUUAUUGGAUUAUUAAUUGUCGCAAUAUUAACACGUAAUCGUAAAACAUCAAUAAUUAUUAUCAUAAGUUUAGCAUUGAUGAUCCUGCCAUUUUUACCAGCGUCAAAUAUAUUUUUUCCCGUGGGUUUUGUUAUUGCUGAACGUGUUCUCUAUGCGCCUUCAAUGGGUUUUUGUAUGUUAGUUGGCCAUGGAUGGAGUAUCAUCUCAGAAAAACGAUAUUCAAAACUAUCAACAGUUUUGUUAAUUAUUUUAUUACUAUCACACUCAGUGAAAACGUUUGUACGUAACAAUGAUUGGAUUGAUGAAUAUUCAAUUUUUAUGUCUGGUUUAAAAGUAAAUGUACAAAAUGCAAAAUUAUUUAAUAAUGUUGGUCAUGCAUUAGAGAGUCAGGGUCGAUACAAGGAGGCCUUGGAUUACUUCAACGAAGCGGUUAAGGUACAGGGUGAUGAUAUAGGUGCUCAUAUUAACGUCGGUAGAACAUAUAAUCACCUCAAAAUGUUCAAGGAAGCAGAAGACGCUUAUCUUAAGGCUAAAUCAUUGCUACCUAAAGCAAAACCUGGUGAAUCUUAUCAAGCCCGUAUAGCGCCCAAUCAUCUGAACGUCUUUGUUAAUUUGGCAAAUUUGAUUGCUAAAAAUUCAACUCGUUUAGAAGAAGCUGAUUUGCUUUAUCGCCAGGCUAUUAGUAUGCGUGCUGAUUAUACACAAGCGUACAUUAAUCGCGGUGAUGUUUUAAUUAAAAUGAACCGUACUAAAGAAGCACAAGAGGUUUAUGAACGGGCGCUUUUUUAUGAUAGUAAUAAUCCAGAUAUUUAUUACAACCUGGGAGUCGUGUUUCUAGAACAAGGCAAAGCGUCACAGGCAUUAGCAUACUUAGAUAAAGCUCUUGAAUUUGAUCCUGAGCACGAACAAGCUCUAUUAAAUUCAGCAAUACUCUUACAAGAACUGGGUCGUGAAGAAUUGAGAAAAGUUGCACGUGAACGGCUUCUUAAAUUACUCAGAAAGGAUCCUAACAACGAGCGGUUACAUUUUAAUUUAGGAAUGCUCGCAAUGGAUGAUCAUGAUGUCGCAAGUGCUGAAAGAUGGUUUAAAAAUGCCGUUGCACUUAAAGAAGAUUUUAGAUCGGCACUAUUUAACCUAGCGCUAUUACUUGCUGAAGAACAACGUCCACUUGAGGCGGUUACAUUUUUAAAUCAGCUUGUUAGAUUUCAUCCAGAUCAUAUCAAAGGUCUUAUACUUCUUGGCGACAUCUAUAUUAACAAUCUUAAAGACUUUAAUGCCGCGGAAAAUUGUUACAGAAAAAUUCUCCAAUUAGAUCCGAAAAAUAUUCAAGGCCUUCAUAAUCUCUGCGUGGUUAUGGUAGAACGCGGACAACUAAAUCUAGCGGCACAAUGUCUAGAAAAAGCUUCGGCACUGGCUCCAGAACAAGAUUACAUUCGUAAGCACUUAUCGAUUGUUAAAUCACGAUUGAAUCGUCUUCCACCGGAACAACGUGACACGGGUGAAGUUUUUGAUGACUCAUUUUUACAUACUGAUAAUAACGAAAAUGAGGAUUUGGAAACCGGUGACCGGACAAGCGGACAAUUUAUUGGAAAAUCUGAUGCCGUAUUUCUUCACCAUGGUUCUGUUCAUCAUCAUCCUGUUAAUAAUAAUAAUAACAAUAAUAAUAAUAACGAUAUACACUCACAUGAUAAUCUUGUUAAUGGUCCCCAUAAUAUUAACGGGCCAUCAAGUAUUCCCAAACCAACACAUGUCCAUGAUAAUGUUUUAAGCACAAAAGAUGAGAGACUGAAUUAAUAUCACGUCUAUAUUUUAAUUAUUUUGAUUAAAAUUUAUUUAUUUAUAAUAAAUUUAUAUAAACUUUUUUUUCUAUUAAAGAUAAAAUUUGGUAAUUUAAAGAAGAGUAUGAAAUGAUAUUUAUUAUUAUGAGAUCUAUAAAUAUAUAUAUAGAUAUUAUUUAUUAUUAUGAUAUUGAUGAUAUUAAACGUUGACCCGCCGAUUAAUGUAGAAUUGUGUUAUGUGGUGGUAUUCAUACGUUUAAUCGUGCAGUGUGAAUAUAUAUAAAAAAAGAAAAAUAAUAUUGGAUACAGAGUAUUGUUUUUUAUAUGAAGUAUAAAUAGAAUGUUUUA